GGCUGUAUGGUACGUGUAUAUACGGUGAUUUGCGCACGUGUGCCUUUAGACGUGUCAGUGUACAUCGGUUUGGUUGCGAAGGGGGGAUAGGGACGAAGGGGAGGUAUAUCGCUACGAGGAGGAGUGGGGGAAAGAGGCGACGGAACCGCGCGCUCCGCGGCCUCCCACGACGUGGAUCGUCAUUCCUAGCCGAGUCUUUUCGACGCUCGCGACGACGCUUCUCCAGCCCGGCACAAUCAAAACGAUCCUCUCACCGAACGCACUCGACUAAUACCUUCACGCCUCCGAUGUACGCUUGUGCAGAAACGACACGGUCCUCCGCGUUGUAACAGCGUGCCGUUUGCUUUCGGUGGCUCCUGCCCUAGUGUCAAUCCAAAGGAAAAAAGAAAAAAGAGAAACGAGAGUCACGUCACAAUUCGAUCUUUCCUCCAGUGCUACUCAACACCCUAACCCCCCCACUCCUUGGAAGCUUCGCCUAUUCACCACUCGGUCUCCCACCCUCGGGGAUCCUUUUAGUCUGGUCACAUCCCCCGUGAGAGAGAGACGCACAGGCAAGGAGAAAGCGUAGAAGAAAGCCGUGAAAGAAAGGAGGAGGAUCAGUGCGAGCACGUCCGUCGACGGGGUCGAUUCAGAUUGUUCAGAGUACAUACGACACACGCGAGGAGAGAACGAUUUUCGUUCAGACCGCCAAAAGUGAAUCCCGACGAUCCAGAACAGGAGGAGCAGAAGUUCGACAGCUGAGAAACUAGCUCGUUCGGAGCGCGAGAAUAAACGCGCACACAGCUUACCAGAGGCGCUCUUUGCGAUAUCGACAACGAUCGAUCGUGACUUCUUUUAACGAGGAUGUCGCACAAGAUGCAGAAUCAGGGACCGCCGGUUCACGGGGGCAAGUUUCAGAGAACACCAAUGCGCCCAAUGAUAGCAGAAUACGACCCAAAGAAGCACGGUGUGAAAACAGAAGUGUCAGACAUGGUUCUUGUCAAAUACAAGUGCGAGAAAAAUGAGGUACCAAUUACCGUCACGAACGGCUCGACGUUACCGCUCGUGGAACGACCGAACGACGAGGAAGCGGCCCUUUACAAUCCGUUCGAGCACAGGAAGUUGGCCCAUCCAACGUCUGACCUGGACACGCUGAUACAUCUGUUGAAAGGAAGCCUGGGAACUGGUAUUCUAGCGAUGCCAAUGGCCUUUCGUAACGCCGGCCUGCUCUUUGGUCUGUUCGCCACGUUCUUCAUUGGAGCUGUUUGCACCUAUUGUGUGCAUAUACUGGUGAAAUGCGCGCAUAAUCUGUGCAGGCGGACACAGACGCCAAGUUUGGGCUUCGCUGAUGUCGCGGAAGCUGCCUUCUUGGUCGGUCCUGAGCCUGUGCAGAAGUAUGCUCGCCUGGCAAAAGCGACGAUCAAUUCGUUCCUAGUGAUCGAUCUGAUUGGUUGCUGCUGCGUGUACAUCGUGUUCAUCUCGACCAACAUCAAAGGGGUGGUCGAUUAUUACACGGAGACUGACCGUGAUGUCCGGUAUUUCAUGGCGGCGCUACUGCCACUGUUGAUAAUCUUCUCCCUCGUGAGGAACCUGAAAUACCUGGCGCCGUUCUCUAUGGUCGCGAACGUGUUAAUCGCCACUGGAAUGGGUAUCACGUUCUACUACAUUUUCAGCGAUCUGCCCAGUAUUAGCGAUUUGCCAAACUUCUCCAGCUGGUCUAAGUUACCUUUGUUCUUCGGCACUGCGAUCUUUGCCCUCGAAGGCAUCGGCGUAGUGAUGCCUCUCGAGAACAACAUGAAAACGCCCACGCACUUCAUCGGUUGCCCGGGCGUUCUUAACACCGGUAUGUUCUUCGUGGUACUUCUCUACAGCACUACAGGUUUCUUCGGCUACUGGCGAUACGGCGAGGAUACGAAAGCUUCCAUCACCUUGAACCCCGUGCAAAGCGACGUCUUGGCUCAAGCGGCUAAAGUGAUGAUCGCCGUCGCUAUAUUCCUCACGUACGGCCUUCAAUUCUACGUCCCGAUGGAGAUCAUCUGGAAGAAUUUGAAGCAGUAUUUCGGCUCGAGGAAACUUCUCGCCGAGUACACGAUCCGUAUCAUAAUGGUGAUCUUCACGGUGGGCGUGGCUAUAGCCAUUCCAAAUUUGGGCCCGUUCAUCUCUCUGGUAGGCGCUGUAUGCCUAUCCACGUUGGGACUUAUGUUCCCUUCCGUGAUCGAGUUGGUCACAGUGUGGGAACAGGAGAACGGUUUGGGAACGUGUUACUGGAGGCUCUGGAAGAAUUUAGCUAUUAUAGCGUUCGGUGUGCUCGGUUUCCUAACCGGCACAUACGCGAGUAUCUACGAGAUCCUCGAGGAGGACAAAUGAAGCACCGGGUUCGAAGGAGCUGCGGUGCGACGGAAUAAUCGCUCAGCGCGUACCACAGAUGCCGGCGUGUUGUUGGACACCUUCCACGCUCUCGUCGAGCGGGCCCGUCUAGCGGGACGACGACGACGACGACCAUAACCACCAGGAGGGUGAUGCCGCCGCCGCUGGGCCAGCUAGCCAGCGCGCGAGGUCACGCGGCCACGCGAGCUCCGAACUUCUCAGCUUCGUCUCGCUCCUUCUCUUCAUCACCUUUUUGUUUCUAUAUCUCUAUCUCUAUCUCUCCAUGCAUGAGACGCAGCACGACGACUGUAACGAACGACGAAAACGUCUCUAUUACGCGUAGAAUCAGGCCCCACGAUUGACCCAGAGAAUUUUUUUCUUCUUUUUUUUUCGUUUGUUUUAUUCUAUUCUUCUUUUUGUACGUUCUUCGAUCUUGUUCUUCUUGUAAGAACGCAACCAGCGGCGAAGUUCGAUCGUGUUACGACAAUGAAAGGAGUUCGUGUAUAGGAAAAUA